CGGGAAGAUGAAAGAAAUGGGCUGAUCUACUCUAACAUGGAUGGAGAUAUAUAUGAUCAGUUCGGGGAAUAUAUUGAUAGGAAGGCUGGCGGGGUAAGAGUGGAGGACCAGCAAAGAUUGGCAGCACGAGAGCCACCUCCUGCCACGUUCAGGUUGUGGCAGGAACAAGAGGACCCACCAAUUGCAAUAGAGGAAAUGGGAAGUGAUGAGGAAGUGACUCAGAGGCUACAUGCAGGGGAUAUAAAGGAAGAGCCCAUAGUCAUCGAGUCAGGAGACGAAGGUGAAGAGGAGAGGGUAGAACCGGCGGCAGUCCUGCUAGGGAAGAUGGAAGAUCUGCUGGACAAAGUGGGGAGGUACCAACAAAAGUUGGUAGGUCUCUGCGAAAAAGUAAAGGAGUGGAGGGCUAACCUCCCCAAGGGCUUCCUCUAUGAUUCUGGCCCAGAAUCCAUGUCAGGGCGACCUGGGGUGGCCACUGUAGGGUCAGGCCCUCGAUCUGGAAUAUUGACAAGACCUCCUACACCACGAGGGAGGCUGGCCCAGGCCAAGGCCAAUGCAAGUCAAGAGCCUCCCCGAAAGGAGCCUGAGCCAGGGAAGAGGAAGGAAACAGUGGAGGUGGAGGAUGAUGACGAGGAUGAAGAAGAGGAUGACAGGCUGCGCCAGGAAGAGGAUCAAAGGGCGGAGCAAAGGGCCAGAAAGAGGGAAAGCCGAGAGGAAACGGAACCUGUUCUGCGCGGUGUACCGCCCAAGAAAAAAAAGUAUGAGGUCCGGUUAGAGGAAGGGUUCGAUGUGGAGAGGGUGAUCGAUAGACUACUUGAGGGCAAUAACGACCUUAUGACCCUCGAGGAGAUCCUGGCAUCCGCGCCAAGGCUCCGUAAUGAGCUGAAGGGUAGGCCGUCGAGGCGGCUGGUGCCGAAUGUCCACCUCAGUGUGAUUCAACCAAAGAAAAUGGAAUGGGCAGAACCAGACACGAAAAUGGACUGGAAGUGUGUAGCCUGCGGUAUGGUGGACCUAGUGGUAAAAGGUUCCAAGUGCAUAACCAUAGUAGAUACAGGUGUCGAAAUGAAUAUUAUUCGAGAGGCUGACGCCAUCAGGUUUGGAUUGGAAGUAAACCGCUCGGAUUGCGGAAUUCUGCAUGGGGCCAACAACAAGGCCGUGUUUUGCGGGACCGCCUCGAAUGUACUGCUAGAGAUUGGCAGAGUAAAGGCAAGGGCUUGCUUCUUCAUGACGCCGAACGUAGACCAUGGCGUUCUCCUAGGGAGAUUCGCAGAGCCCAUCGCACAGAUCCGUGGGAAAGCGAGGACAAGGUCAGAGGUGGAGGCGAGGAUGCAAGAGCUACGACCAUCACCUGUUGGACCUGAUGGCAGACCUAUUCGCUUGGAGAUUGGGAAUGCAGAGGAAUUUAUCCCCGCAUUCGAGCAGUUUAUGCAUAAUCUGGGCAUUUUGCAGGAUGAGUGGGCAGCGACGUUACCCCUAUGGACUUGGAAGGUGGAAAGGCCCCUAGCCAGGCAGAUCAAAGACAUGGUCCGAGAUUGGGAUGGCUGCAGGGAUCUGAGCCCGCUGAGGCCAGACCGUCACGAAGGGGGCGAAAGACACUCGCUAGGCGAGAAGGGGAGGCGGUACCUGAGACUGAGGGGUGAAGGGCAUACCCUUAGUGCGGAUUGGGCCCAGUGGAAUUUCAUCAGUUUACGGAAGGAGACCGCACCCAGCAGAGGAGAGGAAGCAUGGAAGGAGGAGGUCCCACCCGCGCUACCAGAGACGGUCGCAUCGCCAGAAGGAAUGGAGGGAGGAGAAACUAAGAGAGCCAGCCUGAGGAGAGAGGUAGACACCUUGAUUGACAGUCAUCUGGCCGCUCACGCCUUGGAGCUCCCGGAUCUGGAGGAGCCCGUGCCUAUGGAGCCGCCUCAGGAGCCAUGUGAGGCCGAGAGAGAGGUGGAAACAGAGAUCCCAGAAAAGGCCGAUCGCCUCACAGAGGAAAAAGUACCAGCAGGGGAAACAGCAGAGGAGAAGCGGGCUAGAGUAGGGAGACGUUGGGAAGAGAUUCGGCAGCAGAGGCAGAAAUUGGAAGAGGCAGAAGCUCUCCCAGAUCCACCACCACCCCACAGGUCGUAUGGACUCAAGGAGAUAUGGGAAAAAUUCCUUGCCCGGCAUGACAAGGAUUUAACAGAUCCAAGCAAGGUGGAGGUCGAGACCUCAAAGAACGCGGACGAGUACUUGGAUCAAAGGAUCCGCUCCUUGUCCAAGACAUCCUUCAACAGAUACAUGAUGUUGGAGGCAGAUCUGAGAGGGAAAGAGAUGAGGGAGGCAAACCUUGGGGUGCGGUUAAAGGCCGUCGAGGCGGAGGUUCGCGAACUCAGGGCAAUGGUGGCUAGUCAAGUCGCCAUCAUUCAGGAUUUAAGGCGGCAGCUUCGAGGCGGCAUGGAUGGGGCAGAGAGCAGCAGGAAGGGAGAACAGAGGCAACCGGGACGUGGCUUACCAAAGCAGCCACCCGCGGCUGAAGCUCAGCAAGAGGCACCCAUGGGGAGAGUCAUUUUGGAGCCUGAGGACGCUAAGGCCCUGAGGAAAGCAGAGAAGGAAGCCUUCGAAUUCAGAGCCCCUACGGAACUUGCUAUGUUGCCCAUGGUAACAGCAGGCCCUACCAUGUCACCCUCAAUUGAGGAGGGACUACCGGCAGCCAGUGGCGAGCCAGUCCAGGGCUCAACAGAGGGGUCCAUGGAUGUGCUGCUUGAGGCGGUACACACUAUGCAGGAAGGCGCGAGCUUAUAUUCGCCAGAGCCCAGAAUAGAGUAACCUUCUGAGAGUGAGAUGGGAGAGGCAAUGGAGGAUAUCAUCGAGGGCAGGCCCCAAAGAUUGGACACUCCUGAGUAUAUGCCAG